AUGCCCGGUCGCUCAGGUGUCCAGAUUAAGGAUACGGUCAUCGGCUUCGGCACCGGUCAGUUCGUUCCCCGCAAUCGACCUUCCGCAUUUCGCAUCUCGCAUUUCGCAAGUUGUGACACAGCCCUCCACUCUCAAUCUACUUCCGGCAGGACUAUGGACCUCAGUUCUUCCAAUGUCCUGUCGAUGUCGGGCCUUUCUUCCGUGAGCGCAUCGGCGCGUGGCCCGACCGGAAGUCGUCAGAUUACCCGGAACCGGGCGAGCUACAGCUGCCACGCAUGUCGCCGGCGCAAGGUGAAAUGCGACAAGGUACACCCAAUCUGCGGGAACUGUGCGAAGACCGGAGCCGAAUGCGUGUUUGAUGUGUCGUCGCUAAAGCGGGAGGAUGCGCGCGAUGACCCUUCUCGAAGUGGACACGGAGUGAAGCGAAGGAGGGGAACCCCGCGAAAAUGGGAGGACGACGUGGACGAACUGCAGUCAUUAUAUGGACAUUUGAGGCAGGCCGAGUCAUCGCCGGACCAAAAAUCAGAUCCCCGAGCAAUCGAGGCUCGGCUGGACAAGUUAAUGUCGAUGAUCGAACGACUCGGUGGGACUAGCCAGGCUCUCGAAGCGGCAGAGAAGCAGUCGGCCGCUUCGACCGCUGGGAUGGAGUCAGCCCUCAUGGAGGAAUUGCGACAGAGCAAUGCUCGGAAUGAGAGAUCCGUUUCUUCGCGGCAAGCCAGUCCGCGUCGCGCCGUUGCAGAGUCAAGUGGCGACGAGUUUCCUAUCCCGUCUGGCCAAGCAACUGACUUGGUCGAUCCGGUCGGAAGUCUGAACCUCGGGCAUCUGAGUCUGGAGGAUGGCGGGAAAUCGAGAUACGUGGGAACGACAUACUGGGCCUACAUCUCCCACGAGAUCAACGAUCUUAAUCAAUUGCUGAGAGAUCAAAACCGGUCGCAUGAACAACAACCUUCGGAUAAUGUUAACGAGGAUGAUCUUCUCAGCAACGGCCGCCGACCGUGGAAACAGUCGAUUGAUAGCUCAACCUUCUCGACUUCGUCGCGUUCCCCCCGCGGUUCCUUCCAUCAAUCCAUUAUCUUUCCUUCCGGCGACUCCCCGUCCGUGAAUGAGAAAGUUGUCGAACCGGAGAUGCUCGAGCAUGUUCCGUCCAGACGCCAGAGCCACAUCCUGUAUAAGGCCUUCAUGUCUGGCAUUCAUGCCAUUAGUCCCGUCAUCCACCCCCCGACGAUUUUGAAACUUUACAAUGCCUUCUGGGACUGGUACGACUAUAGUAGCUACUCCGGAGAGCCAUGUCCAAAUCCUUCCUUUUUGCCCCUCCUGUACGCCAUCUGGUAUGGCGGCUCUGUCACGAUCUCAAUGCGAACGAUCAAGGCCGAAUUCAAUGUGCCGUCCCGAGUCCCGCUAUCGACUAUUUAUAGCGAGGAGGUUACUCGCUGGUUGACAAAGAUUUCCUUCCCUCGAAGCCCCUCUCUUCAGGGACUCGCGGCAUAUCUCAUUGUGCAGACGAUCCUGUCAAAAGAGGAAGAACCUCUGACUAGCAGCUUAUUCAUUAGCCUUGCGAUGAGAGUGGCACAGACCAUGGGUCUACAUCGCGACCCGGCCAAAUUUGGAAUCGAGCCCUGUGAGGCAGAAUAUCGGCGCCGAUUAUGGUGGCAUAUCAUUCACAUGGAUGGCGUGGUGGCAAUGUCCAGUGGGCUACCUCCUCUGGUCAGCGAUGAAAACUACUGGGAUGUCCGGGAAACGAGCGAAGUUAAGGACACUUUGCUCGGUACGCCAGCAGCUGAGCGAUAUGAGCAGCUACUGGCCACCAAGCAGCGACUGCCGGACAAUCCUGACGACCCAUCUCUCGGUGGUGGACCGUCGAUGGUGAAUGUAUUUUACCUGAACGCCAGAGGAAAAUACAUUAUGGCUCGCGCCGUUCGCCGGAUUCUGAAGAUUCAGCUGGGUACAAAACCAGUGACUCGCAGAGAUAUGGAGGAACUCCGGGCAAUUCUUCUCGAUCUUCAGCUCAAGCUGAAAUCUAUAGUGGAUAGGAUUCCCGAAGUCAGGGCAACCGAUAAUGCUUCGACAUCUUCUGGUCGCGCCUUGUCCAUGGCCAAGUCUCCAGCUGACGCUUGGUCUACCGAGAACGAGGUCCCCGGUGAAGGUAUAAAUGGCUGCCCGGAGCAGUACCACUCCCCAGUCCAUUCUUCAUUCCACAAAUGGGCCAGGAUCAUUUUAUUACUGUACAUUGACAAGGCAUUCUGCGUCGCUUACCAACCUUUCCUCAAGAAUGCCCGCAGUCGUAUUUGGCCAGCUGCACGACAAAGCGCACUUCGUCACUGCCAUGGGUUUAUGGAAAAGUUCAUUCAGCUGGCGACAGACCCUGACUUCCAACCGUUCCAAUGGAGCUGGCCUGGCAACCACCAGCCGAUGCAUGCAACAAUGAUUAUGCUCAUCGAUCUAUACGAACGACCGUAUAGCCCGGAAGCAUCCAAGUCUCGCGCAUUUAUCGAUCGCAUCCUGGCUCUGUCUGGCCCGGAUGGAGGUGUUGUAGGCGGCGAAGACGGUGUCUCUACGCAACGACCACUCAAAGAUGGCGGCCGCGAGGCCUGGGAUAUGAUCCGCCGUCUCCGUCAAAAAGCCUGGCAAAAGGCCGGUCUCAACCCACAAAUGCUCUGGACUGAACAGGACCAAAUCCAAGCCGGCGUCGCGUCACCAGCUGGAGAACCGCAGAGACUUCGUGGUCCAUUCUACUCGGGGCCUGAGUCUCAGGCAGCAUCAGCGACGGCACCGAGCCAACCUACUGCUCCAGAUCAGCAGUUGUCGGACUUCAAUAAGGUCUUCUACAACAUGACUCGCUCCCAUCUGCUUCCAAACCCCGCUGUCUCAACGGCUUCACUCAGACCCAGUCCUCUCCGAUACUCCUACCAACUGCCUCCCCCGAACCAAACCUCUUCUCAGGCAGCACCUCAAUAUAACCCCACGCCGGCAGCUGUCACCAUACCAGGAACCGGUAACAUGGCUGCUACGUCUGCCAUGGCAACAUCACCGGCGACAUCCACUUUGGCCAGCUCCCCUGCGACCCACUCCCCCACUGCCCCUUCCACCAUUCCUGUAUCCCCUCGGCAAGCCAUCCCCAACAUUAACACCCCACCAAUGCCUUUCAUGGAUCCAGUUUCACCUGCUCCGCCCGGGGGACUCCCCACGCCACCCUCCAUGGUGGAUCCUAACCUCAACUUCGACUGGGAUCAGUGGGAUGCGGUGUUUGGACAGCAUCUCCCUAUCGCUGAUGAGCUCAUGGAACUGGAUCCCGUCUCCGCAUUGGAGUUUGACAACCUUGCAGCUCCAUCUGGGAAUACCCCCGCCGAGGUUGGAGUCAAGAGAUUCCAGGCGGUAUCCACAUCUGGCGAUGUUGGUCUCCCAUCUGUCUGGACAGACCAGGGCUCAUUUAAAUCUGAAGGGGUAUCCUCGAGCGAUUGGACCGGGUAUUGUUGA